AUGGAAAGAUCUGCGCGCGACGCGUUCGUAAGUAAAAUGGAAAAUGCAAAGAGGAGGUUUUCUCCGGAGAGAGUUGCACCUCCGGCGAGCGCUAUGAAGCGGAUGGAGAUGGAUGGCGACAACCAUUUCUUCCUGAAGAAAUCAUCACAGACAUUCUCUGUCGACUUCCAAACCCGUUCUUUCAUCGUCGACCACCUCCAGCAUUCUAGCCAUAACAAGCCUUCUCUUAUUUUGCAACGGGUUCUCACUGAUGGUACCUUGACUUUAUAUUUGCUCGAUCGCGACAUGCAACUCAGCGACGUUCAGAACGGACCUUUGAUUGAUUCCUUCAAGUCUUCUAGGAUCAUCGGCUCUAGCAAUGGCUUGCUCUGUGUUCAAAUUGAUCAUCGUGGUAUAUUUCCUCCUACUGUUUUAUUGUGGAAUCCUGCGAUUAGAGAGGUUAGACGAGCGCCUAGAAGUAGAACUAUCAAUGAUUUUAUUGGAAGUUUAUUCAUUAAGCACAGGUUCGUGGAAGGAAUAGAAAUCACGAACUUAGAGAAUAUAAGUUUUCUCAGUGAUGGUGUCACUGCUAAUGGAGCUAUCUCUUGGUUUACAGUAAAGCGAGGUGAGGCAUUUGAUCGUGGGGAUGAGAUUUUUUUGGUAGUUUCAUUUGAUAUAGCAAUGGAAGAUUUUACAUUGAUACCACCACCUCCUUUAACAAUUAGUACAGUUGCUAAGCUUACUGUGUAUGAGAACAAACUUGCCUUACUUUAUUACUCUAGUGAUGGAAACCCUGGAGAUACUUUGAUUGAUUUGUGGGUGAUGGAGGAGGGUAUAAUAGGUACAUCUGAGGAGAGAUGGAGUUGGAUUAAGAAAUUCUCUAGUGGCCCUUAUCCAUACUGUUUAGGUCCAGGGACCAUUUGGAGGGAUAAAAUUGUCUCUGUCUCUGAUGUUUCUGAAAGCCUUAUGAGGGAAGCUCGACAUGAAGAGGAGGAUCAUGAACAAAAAGCUGGUGUAUAUUUGCUUGAUCUCACUUCUAAUGAAUUUAAGGUUUUUGCUUCCAGCAGAUAUGGCAAUAAUCAUGAGGUUUUUAAUUAUGUUGAGAGCCUUGUGCCGGCGAGCAACAUCUACAUUGAAGAACCUCGAUUCUAAAUCUUAAUUAUUACAUCGCAGAUUUACUUCGUUGAAGUACGUUUUGGUAGAACUGAAUACAUAACAGUUUAGAUCAUUCUAGACCUAUAAUCCUGGAUGUCUUUUGGGGAUGUCUUCUUAGACGAUGGAUGCAAGUAUGUAACACCAGAUGUUUUUUCUUUCUUUGACCUAUAUAUAACUAUCAAGCUGUUCAUUUCUCUUUCAAAGAU